AUUUAGACUCUUAUUUUAGUUCAAUCAUGCGUCCACCCAUGAGAAGAAUCAACUACAAUGUCGGAGACAAAGUGGAAGUAUGCAGUAGAGAAGAAGGGUUUUUGGGUUCAUACUAUAAUGCCACAAUUAUUUCGUGUCUUCAAAAUGGAAAAUAUGUGAUUCGUUACAAGAAUCUCUUGUUAGAUGAUGAGUCUGGACCUCUCACAGAGAUGAUUUAUUCAAGAGAACUCCGUCCAUUACCACCACGUGUUCGCCAUCCACAUGAAUUUCAUCUCAACCAAAGAGUGGAUGUUUUUGAUAACGAUGGUUGGUGGUUAGGUGAAAUCACUAGUGAGAGAUUUUUUUUCGAAAAUUGUUAUUACUAUCAGGUGUACUUCAACACUACCUUUGAAACGAUUUGCUACCCUCGAGAUCGAAUUAGGGUUCAUCAUGAAUGGCUUUACGGAGAGUGGAUAUUGGAAGCACAAUUCAUAACAUCGUGAUUGAUUGUUUAUCAAGAUAUUAGAUCGAUUGCAUUAUAAUUACAAGUAUUUAGAA